AUGGCAGAGAAGACCAACCAUGACAUUGAACAUGUCGAAGCUAAUGGCAACUUUGAGCGCAAUUGGCGCGAGGAGAAAUGGGGUGAUCGCAAGCUCAGUGUGGUUGCGCAGGAUAUUGCCAUCGACGAGAAGCAUAUGACAAUCCCUCAAGCGAUCAAGAUCUACAGGAAGGCCAUCAUGUGGUGCUUGAUUAUCUCCUGCUGUGUGAUUAUGGAAGGAUACGACACGAACCUUCUAGGCAACUUUUACGCAUAUCCAUCUUUUCAAAUCAAAUAUGGGAAUCCCGUGCCUGUGACAGAACAGACACCUUCUGGCUACUCGUUAACAGCUGCGUGGCAGACUGGUCUCGGACAAGGCGCUGGCAUUGGCUCAAUCUUUGGUACCAUCUUGAACGGUUGGCUUGUCACCGCGUUCGGCCCUCGCAAAGUCCUUCUGUACACUCUCUGCGUCAUGACCUGCUUCCUUUUCAUCGUCUUCUUUGCACCAACUAAAGAAGUACUGCUUGUCGGACAGAUUCUACUUGGCUUUGAGUGGGGCAUUUUUGCGACCACCUCACCUGCCUAUGCAUCGGAAGUGCUGCCUGUGCAGCUUCGUGUUUACAUGACUUCGUGGACCAAUAUGUGUUUCAUCAUUGGCCAGUUUAUCAGCGCUGGCGUUCUCCGAGGCUUCGUUCAUCGGCUAGAUGCAUGGGGCUACAGAAUUCCAUAUGCCCUCCAGUGGAUCUGGCCAUGCUUCUUGAUCCCAGCAGUCUACUUUGCACCCGAAUCACCCUGGCACCUGGUUCGCAAGAACAGACUCGAGGAAGCCGAGCGCUCGAUCAGACGACUACAGUCAGGCGAAGGUGGUCAAGAUCCCAAGAAGACGUUAGCUACUAUUGUUUACACCAACAAUCUUGAGGAACAGCUCUCUGUGGGAACUUCCUAUUACGACUGCUUCAAAGGCUUCGAGCUUCGCCGAACGGAAAUUGCUUGUGUCUGCUUCGGUGGACAACUCGUGUGUGGACUUGUUUUCGCAUACGCUAGCACCUAUUUCUUCCAACAAGUCGGUCUUGAUGUCGACGCAGCUUACUCUCUAGGCUGGGGUGCCAAUGCAUUGGCCUUGUUCGCCUGCUUUUGCAAUUGGUUCAUUCUCAUGCCUCGAUUUGGUCGACGCACCAUCUAUGUCUGGGGUAUGUUUGCCAUGGCGAUCGAGCUCUUCCUGAUUGGUAUCCUCAACGUUUGGACAUCACGAAGGGAGGUCGCCUGGGUCCAAGCCAUCUUGACUCUGGUCUGGACGUUCACCUUUCAGCUCUCUGCUGGUCAGCUUGGCUGGGCACUUCCUGCCGAGAUCGGCUCUACUCGUCUGCGCCAGAAGACGGUGUGUCUUGCCCGAAACGUCUCGAAUAUCACCGGUGUCAUUGGUGGCACCUUGAACAACUACAUGGUGAACCCAACGGCUUGGAACUUCCGUGGCUAUACUGGUUUUGUCUGGGGUUUCUGCGCAGCGGCUGUUUUCGUCUGGGCGUACUUCAGAUUGCCAGAGACUAAGGACCGCACCUUCCACGAGCUGGACAUUCUGUUUGCCAAGAAGGUCUCUGCUAGAAAAUUCGCUACUACGCAGAUCGACGCGUUCGAUGAACACGAUCAGAAUGACCUUGCAGUACGUUACUCGGUGGAUGGUCGACCACCUCGACGACCGUCGAUGGUCCCCUCUGUUACAAAUGUUCUUGCGAGCCACGGUCGAUCAGAGGAGGCAGCGGCUCAAAGGCGUUCGAGUGUUGUGGCCGAGGGACAGCAGAGGCGUCCUAGCAUUGGUCCUGCCGUCACGGAUUAUCUCAGGACUCACAAUUGA